UUUUGUACAUAAUUGAAGUGUAAUUCUUCUUGCAAAAAGGAUAAUUGUUAUGCAAUUGAACAAAAAUUGUUUUUGAACAGUUCUAGUAAAAAAAAAUGAAUUCACUAUGUUUACUAAUGAUAUAUGUACUGUGCAUUCUAGUGAAUGGAAAUAACACGGACUUCGAUAGGCCAUUGGGUCGUAAGUUAUGUCCGCCUAUGGAAAACAUACAGCAGCCCAUCAACCGGGUGGACUCAUCUAAAACUCUUGAACAAUUAAGACAUGAAAUGAAACAAGCCAACGCUUACCACGGGCCGCCUCUUGAUGGAUAUAUUGUGUAUGAUACAGAUGAACAUCAAAAUGAAGAGGUAGCUGACCAUGACAAAAGACUUAAAUUUAUUUCUGGAUUUGGUGGAACAGGUGGUAUCGCCUUGAUAACUCAAACUAAAGCAAUUUUCUGGACCGUAUGGAUGUACCACCAACAAGCUAACGAAGAGUUAUCUUGUGACUGGGAGUUACUUGUUCACGGAGAAUCUCUUCGACUAGACGAAUGGAUACUAGAAAAAAUGAAACCACAUUCAAGAAUAGGAGUUGACCUGAAAUUUAUAUCUAACGGUGACUGGGAAUUUAUGGAAAGAGUUUUGACAAACGCUACUAUUAAUCUAGUUCCAAUCAAUUAUAAUCUGAUAGAUAAAAUUUGGGAGGAUGACAUUCGCCCGAAUUACCCAGCGUACAAAGCCUACGUCUGGCCCCUAGAAUAUGCGGGAAAAACAUGGGAAACUAAAUUAGAUGACACAAGAAAAAAACUUGCAUCUAUGGGUUUUGAUGCCAUGGUUGUUACGGCAUUAGAUGAAAUUGCUUGGCUUUUGAAUAUACGAGGUCAUGAUAUACCAUAUGGUCCAUUUCUUAGGGCGUAUGUUAUUUUAAGCAAGGAUCAAGUGUACUUGUACACUGAUCCUACAAAGUUAAGUGAUGAAGUUCGCAAACACCUUCGUACUGAUAAUUGUGUUUCUGCUCAUUGCGUAAGAGUUGAAGAUUAUAACUUUGCGGGAGAAAGAUUAAAGGCGUAUUCAAUGUUAUGGCGAAAAGUACUUAUACCCGCGGCAACAGAAUUUAAUAAUGGUGCAAGUAGAUACAUUUUCCUUAAGGUCAACCCAGAUAAAAGAAUUCAGGCUCCUUCACCUAUAAUGUAUAUGAUGGCUGAAAAAAAUCCAGUGGAGAAACUUGGUAUGCGAUUGUCACAUAUUAGAGACUCAGCGGCUAUGUGCAAUAUUAUUGCUUCGCUUUAUGAACAGUUCAAUAACGGAAAACAAUUAACCGAAUUUGCUGUGGCCACAAUAGUUGACAAAUAUAGGGAAGGGCAAAAUUUUAGCAAAGGGAUGAGCUUUAAGUCAAUUGUAGGCUACGGACCUAAUGGAGCAAUACCUCAUUAUACACCUUCAACAGCUAGCAGUCUUAAACUAGAAGCAUCAAGUACACUAGUUAUUGACAGUGGAGCCCAUUAUUGGGAUGGUACUACGGAUGUUACUAGGACCAAUCAUUUUGGCCAGCCAUCAGCUGAACAGAUUGAUGCCUAUACUCGAGUUCUUAUGGCUUCAAUCGAUUUAGCUUCAUUCACAUUUCCAAAUACUUUAAGACUCAAUCAAAUCGACGUUAUCGCCAGAGCACCUCUUUGGGAAAUCGGUUAUGAUUAUAAACAUGGUACUGCCCAUGGAAUUGGGACAUUCCUUAAAGUCCACGAACCCCCUGUAAAUAUGUACUAUGGUCAAAAAACGAGUGAUGUGGUGCUACAAGAAGGAUAUUUUAUAUCAGAUGAACCUGGAUUUUAUAAAGAAAAUCAUUUUGGCAUCCGUUUAGAGAAUAUUCUUGAAGUGAUAGCAAAGAAUGACACAUCAACCAGCAAGUAUUUGACGUUUACUCCAAUCACAUUAGUUCCGUUUGAACCAAGACUAAUUAACUAUACUAUGCUCAGCCCUAAACAAAUUCGUUGGUUGAACGAUUACAAUACUAGAAUUCGCACAGAAGUUGGCGCAGAACUCCUUAAACAAGCUAAUUCUCAGCUGGGAUACAAUUGGAUGAUGGACCGCACUGUACUUUUCUCAAGCGGUGACAGCAGUCAUACCAAUAAAUGUUGCAUAUAUGCGCUCAUUGCUUUCAUAUUUUAUAUUAUUGCACAUUAACUAUAGAUAAUAUCUUAUUUUCUAUUCUAUUAGUGUAAUAAUAGUUAUCACAUUUUUCGUUUAAAUGUCUUAUUUUCUUUUGUACAGCUGAAUAAAAUUAAUAGUAUUACGCAUAAGGCUAAUAUAAUAGAGUAAUAAAAUUUAAUAAAUAUUCGAUAACACAGUAGUAUACAUACAUUUUUUAUAAAUUAAAGUAUCUAUCAGAAAUA